GGUGGGAACUGAGUGCUGCUGGUGACAGAGGGAUGAAGGAAAUGAACUGAGUGCAGAGGAAAACAGAACUGCACAUUGCAGUCCGACUUCUGCAAGUGCCUGGCCAUGAGUCAAGCAGAAAGGGGAAGGCACAGCCCUGAAGGACAGGCACAGAGCACGACCUGCACGAGGGCUGCCCGGGGCAGAAGUGCAGCCGGUGCGGCCAUGCGGCUGCUGCCGCUGCUCUGCUGCGCGGCUCUGUGCCUCCCCGGCCGGGCGGUGCGGGGACCCGGCACCGUGGAGGGGUACAUCGGGGGGUCCCUCUCGGUGUCCUGCUCCUACCAGAAGGGGUACGAGAAGUACCCGAAAUACUGGUGCUACCCUGGGACGAUUAAGAGCUGCUCGUAUAACACCCACCUCGUCAUCACGUCGGAGCAGCAGCCCUGGGCUCAGCGGGGCCGAACCUCCAUCUGGGACAACCGCACGGCGCGGGUGUUCACUGUGACUGUGAGAGACCUGACUGCGGGGGAUGCGGGCACCUACCGCUGCGGGGUGCGAACACACCUAUUGCAGAUGGAUGUUGCUGACAAGGUGCGGGUCACCGUGUUGCCAGGUCCUACCUCAGCAUCACCCUCCACAUCAGCCAUUACCCCUGGCUCCAUUUUGGGCCCCACAUGUACGCCUUCCCAGCAGGAAACUGCAGAGCAGACCGCACGCCCCACUUCCUCCGGAGACCUCAGUGAAGGGCACCCUCGCAGGAGCAUCCAUCGAGAUGGGCAGCACUCGUGGCACAGCCGACGCGGAGGUGCUGCAGUACGCGGAUAUCAGCCACGCGGGCAUGGAGCAGAGCCAUCCGUACAGCAACGUCAGGGCUGCCCCUGCAUCCCCACAGGCAGCCACCGAAUAUUCAGAGGUCAAGAAGCCGUGGCAGGAUUUAAAAGAGAGUACAGAGAGCCUUUAUGCACAGGUGUGCAAAAUCCCUCCCGAGGAGCAGGAACAGCUCUAUGCCAACAUGGCUCGCAGGCAGCAGCGUGCAGCACAGUGAGGAUGGGGAGCCAGCACUGCUGUCUGCUGGGAGCUGCUUGGGACGCUGAGACCCACUCGGGGGCAUCAGGACAGUGCGUGGGGCAGCCAGGAACCGGCUGCAUGUCAGAGCUGCUGCUUUCCUAGGUUCUGCUGCUUCUUUGGUACCAAGACAGGAGGAGGUUGAGCAAGAGGCGACAACAUCUCUCCCUGCGUUCGGAGACCUCGUGUCCCACGUGGCAACCGUGCUGGGAGCAGAAAAUGGUCCCUGCACUUGUGCGGCCCCUGCUGGGGGGGGGCGGCCGGCAGAGAUGCUCCCAUUCGUCCCGCACGGCCGCUGGGAAACAGCCGCUCACAUCCCCGCGCUCCCCAGGGCGGCUCCGUGCCCCACGGCCCCGCUGGGAGCGCACCCUGACGGGCCGCGGCUCAGCCCCCCCACCUCAGCCCAUCGUUUACUCCCGGGCGCGCACUCGACGCAUUAUUCUCCAUAAAACACCUCUCUCAAUUAACGCAGCUGAUACUUCGGUGAAUCCGUGGAUAACUCCGGGGAGCCGGGCCCCGUUCCACCGCAUCUGGGGGUAAUUUUCACAGCAAGAGCUGCUAAGAGCCGCUGCUGGGGGACAGCGGGC